AUGCUACCGCCAACCACUGCGGUUGAGGCAGGUGAGCAGGGUUACGUGCACAACACUCAUCUCGUGCCCUACACCCUACGCAGCACAACACUCAUCUCGUGCCCUACACCCUACGCAGCACAAACUCAUAUCACGCCCUUACUUCCUUCCGCAUAUAGACCAGAGCUGUCUAUCACCCGUGACACAGCCGACAGUCCUCUGCUGAUGAGCCCGGCUGUUGCUGAGAGUAGUUGCCAUGGCAACCUCCGGGCAGCACAUGGGGUGGGGCAUGGUUCCAGUGACACGUGGGUGACGUGUGUGAACCAUUUGCUGUCGCGCAUACCAUUGCCACCUGUGCCCACCUUUUCGCAGUUUGCAGAAAGUGCCGUAGCUCUCGAAUGCGGCAGUGAGGACAAAAACGGCUCAGAAACCACCCAUGAAGGCCACGGAAAGGGCUUGCAUAGUAGAGAGAAGAGACCGAUCGUCGGCCAUAAGUCCAAAGAGCACCAUGUCUAUCGUACGGCAGCAGCGCUGUCUGAUGAGGCACAAAUCAUUGCGCUAACAACGCGAUCUGACGCUUGCGACGAUGUUCGGUACCAAAGCCCUGGGCCACACGCUACAGACGACACAGAAAAGGAGGGCGAAGAGCACAACAAGACAACGCACAGGGAAGUGGGUGGUCGUACGGUGGGUGAGGCCCAAGACACGGACAGGCCAGCACACGCAGGCAAGGAUGGCGAAUGCACAGACACUGCCAGUGCACAAAUAGCACGCGGCACCACGCACAACGCAACCCACGGCAGCAAACACAGCACCAACAUCUACGGCAGCAAACACAGUACCCACAAGGGAGGAGAGGGGAGUGCCGACGCAGCACAGGCCACGGGAGAGAGCGUGUACGUGUUCAAGGGGACACAGAUAUCAGAUUGCGUACAGAUUGGUGCUGAUACCAUUGAGGUCACUCGCAGCCUCAGAGACAGCGAGGCGACCUUAUCAGCGGCGCAGCGGCUGGAUGCUGCACUGAUAGUGGAAGCCAAGCAUGGCAAAGGAAGCACAAAAGAAAGUACACAAGGGAGUGUACACGGAAGCAUACAGUAUUACACCACAGCACACACUCGGUAUACGUCCCAUGCACGCGACAUGCACCUGGUGCCUGACUGUCGUGCUAGCAGGAGUGAGGGAGACACAGCGCACGUCUGCGCAGACAGCGAACUCGAUUUCACACGUGCACACAUGGGUGAAGCGUCGCAGGACAUACAGCGCAGCAGAGCAAGCACUUCGCCAACCAGGGCGUGUGGGCCACAGGCAACUGAGUCUGUGCAGCUCCGCGAGACCCAGCGAUUCAGAUAUUACCGCGAGAAGGAGCGGCUGAUGUACCAGAACACCCUGGAGCGCAACAACGACGCAACCCCGAAGUUUGGGCAACCGGCCUUCCCACUAGCGAUGAAUAUAUAUUGUACACGCACGCAGUCGCUACCACUUGGGCGGACGUGUGCGGGUGCUGAUGUGCAGCCACUGAACACACGCUCUCCCCACGCACACAGAGGCAAGGGUGCGGAGAGACAGACUCAGAUGCAGAGGCCCAAAAAUGUCAAUGGACAGGGCAGGGGGAGAUCUGUUUUGAGUAGCAGGGCCAAUAAGUUUAAGUGUAAGAACGACAAGCAGUGUGUGCCUGUUGACCGUCGGAGGCGCAUCAAAACGGACAGACAAAAGACCACCAAUAAGUACACCCCAACACACACACAUGCCACUGCCGAGCGGUGUACAGAAGCACCCCACAGUGCAACCGACCAGGAGCACACAGUGCACAAGCACACCACACCACACCCGAACACCGUACCACACAGCCACUCGGCAGCACACAAGAGUGUGACGAGACACGGGCAACCUGGUGCUAGUGCAAGCAGACACCCCACGAGAGACACACACAGCACACGGCGUAUGCACUCUACAGCAGAUGAAGGCGCUGGUACACAAGAUACUGCCUGCAGCGCAGCCACUGCAAAGACAGCCACCACACCUCCGUACAAACCCUCACGGCCCACCGUCCGAUUUGCGCCGACCCCAGAUAAGGCGUAUAAGAAAUCGCGCAUUCCCGCGUUCUCUACACCCGAGAAAGUGCGCAACUACCGCUCCACGCCAUCGAAGCAAAAGGAGAACAAGCCCCCGCCAAUCAAAACACCCGGAGUGUCCUCCAAAGACAAGGCCAUUGCACCCGGAAACACGCCCAAAAAGUGUGCCACGUUCGAAGGGACGUGUUUGCAACUGGCGCUAUCGCCAGCCGACAAGCCAUUGCCUUCAGCACACAUAAAGAGACACUCACAGACACAAACGAAGAGACCCUCACAGACUACCGCCAACGGUCGCCGACGCACUCCUCUGGCCGACACUGACAGUAAGUGA